AGCACGUCGGGACUGGAGCAGCAGCAGCACAGAAGCAUGCAAUAAUGGCCAGCCAUGAUCUGCUGUAGUUCUGGAGAGGAGGAUGACAGAGAGAGGAAACCAUGGAGAAAUACCUUCCCAAAUAUGUCCCAUUCUUCACUCUGCUGGCUCUGUCAGGACUCUUAUUCCUGCUGUGGAAUAUCACCUCAUUGGAAAGCUGGAACUGUCAGAGAGUAUCUACCUUCUAUCAGCUUCAGAACAGCAUCCAGUCAGUCUUAAAGACCUCUGAAUUUUUUCUACCGGUGGAGUUUAACUACUCCUUCUGUGCCCACCUCGGCCAGGAGCCCAAUGCAGAGGAAGCCAGGGAGGAGAGCUAUCUUCUCAAAUCCAUUGCCUGGCCAGAGCCGUUGGUCCUGGGACUGCCGUUACGUCAAAGUAGCGAUCCUGCACAGAGCUAUUAUAUGAUCCAAGACCCUGGAGAUCUGCAGGUGGGUGGGCAACUGGUAGUGAAAGUGCAGAUGCACAAUUUUUUGGGUCAGCCCAAAAAACACGGAGGAGACUUUCUAGUUGCGCGACUUCACACGCCAGAACUGGUGGCAGGUGUGGCUGGCCAGGUACACGACCACAACAAUGGAAACUACACAGUAUUUUUCCCGCUUCUUUGGGCAGGUGUUGCCCAGGUGGAACUGACAAUGAUUCACCCCAGUGAAGCUGUGAUGGUCCUCAGGCGAUUGAGAGAGGAACAAUCAGACCGAGUGUUCUUCAAAAGCCUCUUCCGUUCAGGGUACCUCUCUGAGACAACUCUGUGUAAUUUGUGUUUGCCGCACAAACAGCAGCCGCUUUGCAACUACACAGACCCCCAGACUGGAGAACCCUGGUUCUGUUAUAAGCCCAAGAUGUUGGACUGUGAUACACGGAUUAACCACUCAAAAGGGGGGUAUAAGAAACACCUUCUCACUGUUUAUGAGUCACAGUUCUUCCAAAGUGGAGUAAAUAUCAAAAUUCCAAUACAUUCCGCAGGGGUGGACAAUGUGACUGUUCAACCUGCUAAAGUACAAACCAAAGGAAUGCACCUUGAAUUCACUCCUUCCGGGUACUACUACCAGGGAUCAUGGAGACCUUUGAAGGGUGUCGUCAUGCGUCAGUUUAAUGGCUCUUUAGUCAUAACACAGUGUCUUCAAGGGAAAAUGGUGUACAUGUAUGGAGACUCCACUGUGCGACAGUGGUAUGAGUAUCUCAUUGCCCAUGUUCCAGAGCUUAAGGAAUUCAAUUUUCAUAGCCCAAAGAAUGUUGGCCCAUACAUGGCAGUGGACAGCAAUCGCAACAUAUUAUUGAGAUACCGCUGCCACGGGCCACCGAUCCGCUUCACGUCCGUGUCCUCAGCUGAAAUGCACUACAUCUCAAAUGAGCUGGAUGGCUUACGAGGGGGCUCGGACACGGUGGUCGUGAUUAGUAUCUGGUCGCAUUUCAGCACUUUCCCAGUGCAAGUGUACAUACGGCGUCUACGCCACAUCCGCAGGGCGGUGAUCCGACUGCUGAACCGAGAACCGGCGACUUUGGUGCUGAUCCGCACAGCCAACCUCCAGAAACUGGACCCCGAGUCCAGCUUGUUCAACAGCGACUGGUUCUCCCAACAGCUUGAUGCAGUGCUCCGAGCCAUGUUUAAAGGUCUGAACGUCCGGCUGGUGGACGCCUGGGAGAUGACACUCGCCCACUAUCACCCUCAUCAGCUACACCCUCCAUCUGACAUUAUAUCAAACAUGGUUAACUUCAUCCUAUCACACAUCUGUCCAGUGAGGAGAAAGAGAAGGCGGGGCUAAACUUCUCAAGCCUAGAGUUAAUCUUCCAUACCUCUGUCUUUGGGAUCAGCUCUUUUGCUAUCUAUUCAGCUAUUAUUUGCUGUCUGUUUGGCUUGCAAAUGUUUAUAAUGAUUUUGCUGGCCGUAUUAAAAUGCAAAAGCAUCAUAACAGUUAAUGUAGCCCUUUAUACUUUUAAUGGCAAUAUCCUGAGGUAUGGAGAAUCUUUUUUUUUUUUCUAGAACAAGUUUAACAUUUUCCUAAAGAGAAUAGAUAAUUCCCCCAUAAAACAUUUAUAAUAAUGGAGCACUUAUCAUUAUUGGUUUUACAUUGGACUCUGGCAGACCACUUAAUCGUGAAUGAAAUUCAGAUUUCAGUAGUGUGCUUUUUCACCAAGUCCAGUGGCAACGAAUGGAUGAGGUUCUGUCAAUUAUUUGUGAAAUGAUUCUCAAAUAAUUUCAGCAUAUUUACAUAGUCAGCAGGCGAAAACUAAUCAAACGUAUUUGCUUGUACUCCAGUCAGGGAUUUGAGUAGAGAUAGUUCAAACAAAAAUGAAAAUCCUGUCAUCAAU